AUGGAACAGAAAUUGUUUCGAUUAUUGGCAUACACUGAGAUUCGAGAGCAGCCAGUGGGCCAUGAGCUGUCAGCGAGCGGCCAUGGCCGGCUGUCACUGAGCAGAGGCACGUCUCUGGGUAGAUGCUGCCUGACGGGUACUCACCAUAGAUACAGACGUGGCAAAAUACCGGGUUUUCCUCCACUCGCAGUGCAGCGUGAGCAGCGGCUCGGUGCCGUGGCACACAGCCCCUUUCCCGCUACUCGGGACCGCGGAUUACGCCUGAGAUCAAGAAGUAUUUGUCAUCCCGAGGGCUGGAGCAGUCUCGGCCGGGCCUUACCGGCGUGGGGGGACUGGGCAGACCGCGCUGCGCUGCCAGCGACCCGUAAGCCUCCCUUCCGCCGCGGGGCGCUGCCUCUCCACCCCCGGGAGGUGCGGGCGGUUGUUUGGCUCCUCGGUGGUGAUGGGUGGGGCGUGCCCCGUCCCGCCGUGCGGGCGGCGGGCAGCGGGUGCUUCGGUGGUGGUUGGUGCAGUCAUUGCUGCUCACCCGCCUUGGACGCCGCUUGCGAAGGCAGCCGGGGCCGUGCGGGCGUCAGCGAGAACGCCCAGUUAGGGGCAGGGUGUCGGUACUCCGUGCGGAGCUACCUUCGCCCAAACGGCCGGUCGGGAGGGGGCCGCUGCGGAGUCUGUAGAGCCUUAAGCGAGGCGGGAGCCACGGCAGGAUCAGUUCGUGGGGUUGCUUGGGAGACCGGCACCGUGGCCUCCAGCGCCUCAAGAACUAAUAAACAACAUUGCAGAGCAUAGAGUGCAUUUGUUGUGCAGGCUUGGAACUACAACAAAAUGGAGCCAACCAGAAGCAGAUAUCUAGCAAGGAAAUUCUUCUCUCUGUGGGCAAAAAAGACGUUUGGACAAGUUCUCCCCUCCAUAGCCAGAUGUUUUCAUGACCAGAAGAUCCUUCAGAAAACCUUUGGAGAGCGGAAUGAGUGGUGGACUGCUAGCAGAGAAAGGAAGCUCAGCCUCAGAGCAGCCACCCAUGACAGCCAUUUACUCCCUAAAUUGGUUUUCAAGGCCUGGAGAGCCUAUGUAUGCCAGCAGCAAGGAAAGAGGGACAAAUAUUCCAUUGCUGAGUCCCAUGCGAAGAAGCAAGCGUUGCUUAGGACCUGGCAGUGCUGGCUGGUGUAUGUCGGCGUCCAAAGGACGAAGUGUGGGAUGCAGUGUGUGGCACUGGCCUUCAGGGAGAGAAGCUGCUUGCGCAUACCCUGGGCAGUGUGGAGAAGGCGACACCAGCAGAGCUGCGCCGGGCGUAAAAUGGAUGUUUUGGCUCUGCAGCAUUGGGCCCAGAGCCUUCAAAUUCGAGCUUGGCUGCAGUGGCGAGAGCUGUACUUACACAGGCAGAAGGAGAUGAGGGCAGUAACUCACCAUUGGCGCUGGGAACUGAAGAAAUGCAUGGAAGCAUGGCUGGGCUGCUUAAACCUGCAGAGAUCAAAGAAGUUUCACAAUGAGCCGGCCCAAGAGCAUCACCGCAGCAGGUUAGCCCGGCAGUGUUUCUCCACUUGGCGGCUCUCUUGGGAGUGCAGGAGGAGAGUGCAUGCUCACCAAGAGGAUGUGGAACACUUAGCAGCAAGGAUUGCCUUGUGGAAAGCCUUUGCCUGCUGGAAGCAUUAUGUUGUGCUGUGUGUGGAAGAGACUCAGCAGCAUCAGUUGGCUGAACACCACUAUAGGCAACACCUGUUGAAACUUGGGUUCAGGGGUCUCUGUCAGAAUGUGGUGAGCGCUCGUCUGCAGCAAAUGAGAAGAAACUUGUCGGUCCGUCAGCACCAAGUGACACUGCUGCAGAAGUGCUGUAACCGCUGGAAGUCCUGUUUGGAAGAGAAGGAGGAAGAAGAGCAGCAGGCCUUGACAUCAGUGGCUCAUGCCCAUUACAGGAGGAUGUUGAUGAGACAAGUAUUCAACACAUGGUUGCUGAAGGAUGGCAAGCUGCAAGAGUACAGAGUGGGGGAGAAGAAGGCUGUACUUCAUUCUGACAGGCAACUGUUGCGCUGCUUCUGGUGCUUGUGGCGUGGGAGAACAGCUGCACGUCUGGAGGAGCGAGAGGGCUUGGUUUGUGCAAGGCAUCACUACAGUAACCUGCUGCUGCUGAAGGCUUUCUGCCUCUGGAAGCAAAACACUCAGGAGAGAAAUACAGAGAGACUCAAGGAGAUGGAGGCCUUAAGGUUUCACAAUUCAAAGUGUCUGCAACAGACAUGGAACAAGUGGAAGGAGUACAUGGGACAUCAGCGUGAGAAGUGGAGGAAGUUGGUGCAAGCAGACAUGCACUAUCAACACACAUUACUGGGCAGGACCCUGUCAGCCUGGAAGAGUUACCAAGGUACCAUCCAGUGCAUUCUGCAGCAAGCAGCUGAGCGGGAGCAGCAGCACAGCAGGCUCCUGCUGCGACAACUUCUGCAUACAUGGAGAGAAAACGCCCUUGCUCUUAUACAUGAAGCUAAGGCAGAUGAGCACUACAGAAGAACAGUCCUGGCAAAGGCGUUGCUGCAGUGGAGACACACUGCCCUGCUGCAAGCACGUUGCCAUCAGCAGAAGGUAGCAGCUGUGAUGGAGGCCAGAAAACAUUUGGAUAUAGCACGUUUACAGACCCUCUUUCUUCACUGGAAGGAGUUAACUAGGGAGUCUCUGAUUCUGAGGGCUCAGCAGCACAGGGCACUACAUCACCACCAACAGCACCUACUCCAGAAGCACCUGGUGAAAUGGAAGAGACAUCAUCAACAGUGCCUUGGGAAAGUGCUGUUACAGAGACAGGGAGAUCAGCUAAGGAUUCAUAGGCUUUGCUCUGCUUCCUUCACCUGCUGGAAGACACAGCUGUUGCAGCAGCAGUGGGAAAAGCAGAAGACAGUACAAGCAUUGUGGCACUGGUCCCUUUGGUUGCAGAGAAAGGUAUUUGAUGCUUGGCUCAGGUUUGCAAAGGGGCAACAGCAGAAGAAAGCUCACACUGAAAAUGCCACAGGAGCUUACCACAUUGCUCUUCUGAGAGAAGGUGUAACCCCUGUCUUGAGAUACACCACUGACAGGAAACAGCUGCAGGGACAGCUCCAAGCCCAGCACCAGUUGAAGAAGCAAGUGAUGUUUGAAGUGCCUGCUGUCAACUGAGACAAGAGGACACUCAGCAGAGGAAGAGCCAUGCAGUCGCCGACCUUUUCAGCUUGCUUCUGGGGUGUCAGCUCUCAAUCACCUAGAGGAGGUCAGCCUGUGAGUGGUCUCAAAGGAGCCCAUUUCCAAGACUCUCAACAGGACUCUGUGAAGUUGCAACUGAACUUGCAGCCACAUUUGUUGUCACCUGAAGACUUGGUAGGGAAAUGGAGUCACCAAACUGCAGAAGAAAGGCAGUGUGGUUGCAGAGAAGCCCUGGUGUUAGAGAGGAAGCUGGAGACUGAGCUCCGACACAUCCAGCAGCAGAUGCAGUACUACUUCAGCAGGAAGCAAGAACUCAAGUCCUGUCAGCAGCAGGCACAGAUCCUGCAGAAGUGGCUAGAAAUGAGCAUGCAGCCAGGAGGGAUGUUCAAGGGCCUGGAUGGCAUACAAGGAGUUCAGGAAGAAUUGGAUCAGUUGCAGGCAAGGAUCAGCACCCUCAGCAAAGCACAAGGGGAAGAGAGGCAGCACGUGCACAUCCUGCUUGCCCGCCUGCGCCACAUCCAGAUGGCUCUGGAUCUGGAACGCAGCUGAACCAGCAGUGUAGCUCCUGGGUGGGACUCUGCAUCCCUUUCGAGGCAGGGGUGAGAGAAGUCUGUGAAUGGUAUUCCUGUCUGAUCAACUGGGGAGGG